UCCCUCUUAUAAACAGCAUAAAACGGCUGGUUACAUAGUAAUAUUACAUAUAUGAGGCAACCACCGAACAGUCAAGAUAUAUGCGUACAUCUAGAAACGGAUGUGUAAGGACGGAAAUUUUUAGUUACUUUCGAUCUAGUAAAUGCAUUCUGUCAACUAUUUAUCGCAUAAGAGCGCAUGAGCGGCUCUCAUCUGAAGUAUUUCGAAACGCGUCGAAAAAAUGUGUGCAAACUGUUUUGUUUGUGACAUUUAUGAGUGUGUGAAAUGUCAUUACUGAGAAUCAUAUAAUUUCUAUUUAUAUGUCAUUAUAUUUGUAUAUUGAACACACAUCUGAAGUAUACAGCUGUCUCGAUAUCACGCGAGCAGAAAGAUUCCGAGGAUUCCGAGAUGACUGAUAUUGAGGAUAUCCGUCGGUAACACCGUUUACUGAUGAUUGAAAAGCGAUUUACCUUUAAUUUUUCACUAGAAUUGAUCCAACGUCUUUCGGCCCGAACAAGCUUAACCUAUAAGCCCGGAUAUGGAGCAGAUUCCUUCAUCUUCGAGCGAAACGGUCUCCAGUCAGAAAUCAUUGCCAUCGUCUUAUGACGCCGGAUGGAACGAUCCUCCAGAAUGGGCGAUGUCUUCGCAACUUGGAACUUCCUCUAUUGGAACGUCCAGUAAGAGAUUGCUGAACAAGCGAGUGGCAUUCCCACUGUCUUCGCAGACUUCAGCAUCAGAGAAAACUAGUCUUUUGCUUCCAUCUAACAUGCCUCCAGUUUCAUUGUCUUCCCUGAAGAUAACUACAGCUCCCCAUAAGCCUCUCAUGACUCCCAUCGCUAAGGACACUACUACGACAGAACUAUUGGAGUCAAGUUUCGACAAAAGUCAAGCUUUAAUAGAGGUUAUAGCCAACUUAGAGUCUGUGAUGAAGAAACAGAGGAUGGAGAAGAAUAAGCUGGAGGAGAUAGAAAAGAGAUUGGAUAUUAUGAAGUCUGAUUGGCUAGAAGAUAAGUUGAACGAUAUAGUACAAAGGAGUAUUCUGGAUAUGUCGAAAGCAUUGUUGAAGAAAGAUGUCCAACAAGCUGACACGAUCCAUAUCAAUCUUAUGAUGCAGCACGCAACCAUUUGUCGUGCCUGGAUACCCGCUAUCAGACAUGUAAUAUUAGAAUUGAAAAAGGAAGGCGAAGUUUCGCAAGUGGAGCAUUCGCAAUCACCUCUAUUACCUAUAGAAAAGAUCGAGAAGAGUGAGGAAAAAUAAAUGUUUUAACAAGUGAGCUCAUCGUAUCGAGAGUAUAGAUAUCGGAGGACAGAGGCCCAUAUUCUGAACUUUCUUUUAUAUAAGUGGCUUAGAAACCACCUUAUUGGCUGAGAAGCCAUAUUUAAGGUAUUUUCGAUAAAAGAGACUUCAGAACACGGACCAAAGACUUUUAUACAUUAUCAAUUACUUGUCACGUAAUGCUUUUACGGCGAAUGUGCAACAUUACGGGCAGAUAGAGUCGCAAUCAUCGCAAGGAAAAAAAUGAAAAUACAGUUGUACUCAUAAAAGUUUUUUGUAUUUUUCAUUUCUCUCUUAUGUAUAUUCACAAAGGACAAUUACAUCUGACUUACCACA